GUCAGUGUCUAGCCGUAAGUGACGGAGUGGGGUUGUGUCUCUCGCACGCUCCGCCACUUGAGAGAAACUCUUUGACCGUUGUUGUCAGUGGACUUCGCUUCUAACUGACGACUUUUACAAGACAUCUUCAUGUGUUUCCCCGCUUGUGAUGUGAGAUUCUUACCUGUGUGUUGAAAAUAUAUCCUCUUUUUUCUGUGAGUUUACAACAUCAGUGGAUUUAAAAAAAAAUAAUUCGAGAAAGGCCACUGAAAUUUCCAGUCUCUGAUGAUGCAUCGUGACUGCUGGUGAAAAGUGUGAAGACAGCGACACAGCAAAUUUGAGAAUCAGUUGCUCAAGUGAAAUCUUCGGCCUUUAUGGAAAAACCUGAAUUCUUAGAUAGCAGAUAGAAUACCAAUUCAGGAAUCAGCAUGAGUUAAAGUUCAAGCGGUUAACAGUGCUAGUGUUAAUGUGAAGAUGGUAUUGAUUAGUGAGGGAAAGUAUUUUGUGAAACGACGGCUUACGUGUUGAGGAGCAGCUAAGAAAACAGGGUAUCUAUUUCAACUGGUUCACUGACUGAAAGUGUCUACUUGUAGUACCGAGGUACAGCAUCACUCCAGAUGCGGGUGUGAGGGAAGUCACCUGCAGGAUGGACCCUCCGCUACUAUUUCUCUUACUCUUCUGCGUGACUCUGGUCCCCGUCUCCUGUCUUCAUACAGGGCAGUGUGAGGCAGCGCUGGGUAUGCAGAGUGGAGCCAUCCCUGAUGAACGCCUCUCUGCCUCCUCCUACUUCGACGCCGCUGUCAACGCUAUGUACGGCAGAGCCCACGUUGAGGCGGGAGGCGGCGCCUGGUGUCCCCGCGAGAUGGUGCAUGGAGGUGGGCAGGAGUUCCUGGAGGUGAACCUUGGAGUGCUGCACGUGGUAACCAAGGUGGAAGUGCAGGGCAGGUUCGGCAACGGGCAGGGCAAGGAGUUCGCCCGUCAGUACAAACUGCAGCUGUGGCGGCCAGGGCUCGACCACUGGGUCACUUAUGUUGACGGUCGCGGACAGGAGUUACUGGAAGGGAACAGCAACACUUACCUGGCCAAGACUUCCCAACUAAGUCCACCCAUGAUAGCGGCGCGGGUAAGGUUCGUUCCCUACAGUGAUCACCCUAGGACCGUGUGCAUGAGGGUUGAACUCUACGGCUGCCAGUACUCAGAUGGGCUUGUAUCGUACAGUAUGCCUGACGGGGACCCCAGGGGCAGCGAUACAGCACUCACUGACUUGACCUACGACGGCUCCCGCAAGGAUGGCUGGCUUUCCGGGGGGUUGGGGCAACUAACCGACGGCGAGAUGGGUCAUACCAACUUCCGUGUCGACGCUCUGGCCAUGGGACGAGGCUACGAGUGGGUCGGCUGGAAGAACACCACACGCCAGGGGCAACCAGUAGAGAUUACCUUCGAGUUCGAUUCGGUCAGGAAUUUCUCAGCAGUUCACAUCUAUGCCAACAACUUGUUUACCAAGGAUUCCCAGGUAUUCUCGCACGCCCGUGUAUUGUUCAGUAUGGGCGGGGAACACUUCCAUGCUCAGGAGGCCGUCGAGUAUGAGUAUGUGGUGGACCGAAUCUUUGAAAAUGCUCGCAACGUCACCAUCAGACUCCACAACGCUGCUGCCAAAUACAUCAAGCUGCAAUUGUAUUUCGCCCUCAAGUGGAUCAUGAUCUCAGAAGUCUCAUUUGAUUCAGUGCCAUGUCACUGCAACUUGACAGAUGAAGAUGUAACUUUGUCUGUGUCUACUGAGAAGAUGAACGAGGAAAGAUUUGUGGAGGAGCGCACCUCUGUGGUCCCAGCAGAGGAGACCUCUGCUUUGCUGCUCGGUGGUCUUAUAUGUGUUGCUUUAAUAUUUGGCACAUUGCCUGUGGUUCUAGGUGUAAAAUACUACCAUAAAUGGCUUACAAGAAAGUCUAAUAAAAAGUCGCCUUCAUCACCUGACACUGGCAUGGACUCGAGAAAAGUGUCAAUGAAGAUGAAAGAUUUACACAUCAAUGUGAAUCUGUCACCUGUAUCCAAUGGAUAUGCCAAGGCAAAAGGAAAAUUGUAUGGGCAUGUAACGAUGGAUGAAGAGACCACAGCCAUGUACCAGGAACCUUUCAAAGGUCCUAUACACAACCCUGGUUACUACACUCUGGGACACACCGUCACUUCGUCGGAGAUUCCUCUCAAGUGUCCACUUCCCACUGACACCGAUGAUUCUGUGGAUUAUGCUAUACCAGAUGUAAACAUGACGCCUCCUCCACCAUUUUCCGAGGUUUAUUCACCUCCUCCACCUCCUGUACCACUGACUCAGCCACCAGCAACUUUGCCUACAGUGUGCAAUCUGCGAGAUGUACCACUGGCUCCUGUACCGUCUCUUCCCCCACCUCCUGAUCAGGAAUAUUACACCGCACCGCUUCUGUGCCAGCCUUCACACAUUCAAGGUGUGACUGGCACUGUUAUUUAUGCUGUAGCUGAUGACACCAGUUUAGGAAAGGAGCGUCGAGUACCGGAGGUGCCUAGAACACAUCUCCGGGUUGUCGAGAACCUGGGAGAAGGAGUUUUUGGUGUGGUGCAGCUGUGUGAAUUAAAGGAUGCUACAGGGAUCGGCUGCCGGAGAGUGGCCAUGAAGAGCCUGAAGGUUGGUGCAAGUGAAGAUGCGAAGGAUGAUUUUAGAAAAGAGUGUCGUGUUCUUAGCAGAGUUGAUAAUCAGAAUAUUGUAAAGCUAUUGGGUGUAGUGAACACCUCUGAACCACUAUGCAUGUUGUUGGAGUAUAUGGACUAUGGUGAUCUCUACCAGUUUCUUCGAAGACAUGUGACGGAAGGUAUAUCAAGUGUGUCAUUCAAAGGGGUUUCUACAAGCAUAAAAGAGCCACCAUUUGUAAGUUACGGUGCUCUUAUUUAUAUAGUCACACAGAUUGCAUCAGGAAUGAAAUACCUAGAGACACUGAACGUCGUCCACCGAGACCUAGCAACACGCAACUGUCUGGUGGGCAGAAGCCUUACCAUAAAGAUUUCAGACUUUGGAAUGAGCAGGCCUCUAUAUUCUAAUGAUUAUUAUCGACUGAGUGAUAGUCGUGCUCUCCUGCCCAUCAGAUGGAUGGCGUGGGAAUCUGUCCUUCAGGGACGAUUUUCCACCAAGAGCGACGUGUGGGCGUUCGGAGUAACAAUGUGGGAGAUACUGACCAUGGCCCGCCGGCAGCCUUACGACGAGCUUAGUGACGACGGAGUGUUGGAGAAUGUGUCUCACUGUUACCACGACGACGGCUCCGGUAUGAUGUUACUGCCGCAGCCGGCACUCUGUCCCCGCGAGAUGUACGACAUGAUGGCUGCCUGUUGGAGACCCAACGACCGCCAGCGACCACCCUUCUGGGAGAUUCUCAUGUUCCUCCAGCGUAAAAACCUGGGCUACACCCUUGACUACUUGGAUUGAGGUGUUAUGCUUGCUUGUGAGAUGUUCUCGUGUUUAUACUGACAAGUUAUAAAUUUACUCAGAUGAAAUGUACCAGUUUAACAAGAAAUAUUCGUUUCUUAUUAUCGAACGCAUUCUCAGUGUAUCUCUACGUAACUAAGGGGUAUCAUGUGAACAGUUAAACGCCUUCCUGCCAUAAAAUUUGAUGUUAAAAGCAUUAUAGUGAUUUCAAAAGCCGUAAAAUUAAUUUCAAUCCGUCUUAUCAUAAAAGAAAAGUUGAGUGACGAAAAAUAAAUGAAACCAAGAAACCAAAAAUAUUUCAGUAUAUUAGUAAUUUUGUGCCAAUGAGACUAAGUAUUACAUAGACAUAAUAGUGAUACAAACUCGCAGAUUACACAUGGUUGCUAGGAAAUUUUUGUCAUUUACUUUGACACAGGUUUUCAAAGAGGUUUCUUUGCCUACAUGUGAUUUUCUUUCAUGAUGUCAAAAAGGAAUGCUCUUCUGUGAUUCGUUAUUGCGUCUAAAAUUAUUUAUGUUUAUGGUACACGAGGUCCUAUAAUGAAAUAUUUGAAGGUCAGUAUCAGAUUUCGUCACUACCUGCAGGAACACCACACCACCACCAGCAGGAGCACCAUACACCACCAGCAGGAGCACCAUACACCACCAGCAGGAGCACCAUACACCACCACCAGCAGGAGCACCAUACACUACCAGCAGAAGCACCAUCCACCAGCAGCAGGAGAGUGUAGAAUUUCAUCGACCUGCUCAAGUAACACAUGACGGCUUUGUUUGGCCUUAAUCUUUCUGUAUAUAGAUGUACAUUAUGUAUCUUUAUAUCAUAAAUACAAGGCAGUCGUUGUCUACUUUUUGGCUUGUUAGAUCUUGUAGUGUAAUUGGGUCUUUGUAGGAUUGAAUGAAGUUU